UUUUUUGGAGGGGGUGGGGGGGAGUUGGGAUUCAUCUCAAUCUUCUAUAUAAUUCACCACUCUUCAUCAUUCACUCCUUCACCAUGGGAAACAUGAAGGUGCAUCAGUUGGCACGUGGAUUCUGGGAGCACGAACCAUCUCUCUCCCUUGGCUGUAAGCGCUUACGCCCUCUCGCUCCCAAGUUACAGCAGCACACCUCCUCCACUGAUACCGUCUCCUCUUUCGACCUUAAGAGCUUCAUUCGACCCGAAAGUGGCCCUAGAAAGCUUGGCCCCUCCGACCAGAAGCGAGAUUCUUCUCAGGUGGAAACGCACCCUGGUGGUACGCGAUGGAAUCCUACGCAAGAACAGAUAGGGAUUUUAGAGAUGCUGUAUAGAGGUGGGAUGCGAACUCCAAAUGCACAGCAAAUAGAAAAAAUCACUGCGCAGCUAGGGAAAUACGGCAAGAUCGAAGGCAAAAACGUUUUCUACUGGUUCCAAAACCACAAAGCACGCGAGAGACAGAAGAUGAAGCGCAACAGCCUUGGCCUUACCAAUUGUCCCAGAAACUCACCUCCCAUUAGUACCAUAACUUUGGAGACUAGGAUGGAAAUAAUGGAAAGAUCAGAUGAGGAUAGUCCAUAUAAGAGGAAGUGCAAGAGCUGGUCAUUUGAGUACUUGGAUGAACAAAGCAUAUCCCCAUGUAAAGAGCAGGAAAACAGAACUCUGGAGCUAUUCCCAUUGCACCCGGAAGGCAGAUGAAGGGUUUGAAAAUAAAACAAAUAGACCCAAACCAAAAAGAAGAAAAAAAGAAAGCUGUUAGAAAACCAAAACUCUGUUCCCAUUAUGAUCUGCUUUGAAGUAGAUGAUGAUGAUGAUAUGUGCUAGCUUUUUUCUUUCUUUUUUUUUCUUCUUUUGUUUCGGGAAAGAAGAAAGACAAAGUUGUCUCUCCUUAACUCUACUGCUUAUUAAUUCCUGACUUGAAACCAAA